CCGACCGUUGAGCCUCACCUCUAAUCACCGCUCCCCAUUUACUUGACCCACGCAAUCCACCACCGUUCCGCAGCUAAAACAAAAUAGAAAACCCCAAUUCCCAUUUCUUGGAUUCAUCAAUUCAAUCCUCUUUUCAAGAAAUCAGACAAUGGCGGCCUUGGCACCGGGGAUUCUCUUGAAGCUCUUGGACGGAAUGGCCACUGGCCUGAAGGCGACGAGCGAGCACCGCAGCUCCCUCGUCCAGGUCACCGACAUCGUCCCCGCCGAUCUCGACGAGAAGAAUCUGCUCCCCAAGCACGGCUUCUACAUCAAGGUCUCCGACUCCUCGCACUCCAUCUACGUCAGCCUCCCCUUCGACCAAGGCGAUCUCGUCAUGAGCAACAAGAUGCAGCUGGGCCAGUUCAUCUACGUCGACCGCCUCGACCCGGGCUCCCCGGUCCCCGUGGUCAGGGGUGCGAAGCCCCUCCCCGGCCGGCAUCCUCUCAUCGGGACGCCGGAGCCGCUCAUGGGGCUCAGGGACAAGGGCGAGAGGAGCGCCGCCGCCAAAUUCUCCGUCCCCAAAAGGGCUUCGUGGGAGACAGGGUCCAGCGGCAGCGACGAAUCGCCGCGGACUUUGAAGCCGGUGCCGCUUGAUUUUGAUCAGUGUACGCCGCUGAAGGAGAGGCCGCCGAGUGCGGUGAAAUUCCCCAUGUCGCCGGCGAUUAGAGGGCGGGCGAUGAGGGAUGGGAGCGCCGUCAGAUCCUCGGCCGGCGGCGGGCUCCUUUCGAAGAUGAUGGAGUCGCCGAUGAUGCGGAAGAGCUGCGUCAUCACGCCCUCCAAGUUCUCUCGAAGCAAGAGUGUUUGCGAUAGAGAGCAGCGGAUUUCCAGGACCCCCUUCACCAUAGCUGAGAAGAAGAGUUCCACUCCACCUCCAUCGUUGAGGGGUAAUGGGAUCCCCAUUCCACCUUCUCCCGCCACCGAUUUGAAGCCCAAGAUGUCUCAAAUUUCUUCCAAUGAUGAUUCUAAUUCCAUCAACACAAGUAUUCACAUGAAUCUUCCUGGAAAGCUCAGCAUUCUUGGAAAGGAGGCCGUGCAGCAGCGAGAGACGGCGCAGAAGACUGCUCUUCAAGCGCUACGAGACGCCUCAGCAACCGAGAAUCUCGUUCGCUCUCUCAAAAUAUUUUCAAACUUGACUAAAAAGGCAAAGGCAGAGUCCCCUGCCGCCUGCUUCGAACAAUUCCUGGACUUCCACACCCAAAUUCUGCAAGUAGUGGCAGAGAUGACAUCCAUUCAAGCAGCAACAGCUUCUACCGAAUCAAGACAAGAAGACACGGCAGUUUUGAAUGAGAUAGCACUCAACUCCAUGGAGCAUCCACCAAGCUCAGAGUCGGUCGCAUCCAAAAGAAGGGCCGCUCUUCCCAAAUCCAUCUCAGCAUGUCCUGAACAACCAGCUUCUUCAAACAAGUCAGUAUUGGGGAAGCAUUUAAGGUCGUCAACCCUGAACCACAAGGAGAAAAAGGCCUCCGAAGCAGCUUCAGCCUGCGAGAACGACGAAAACAAGAAACCGGCAUCUUCUUGCAGCAUGUCCAGCUCCAUCAGACUUGGAAAGCAGAUCGAGAAUGAAGCGGGUAACUGGUUCAUGGAAUUCUUGGAGAAAGCAUUGGAGAAAGGAGGCCGAAAAGCCAAAGAAACAGAGAGUCAGAAAGUUCCUCAAUCUCUUAUAUUGAAAGUGAUAAACUGGGUGGAAGUGGAGCAGAGUGACCCAAACAAAAGGCCAGUGCACCCUAGAGCUUCAAUCAUAGCAAGAAAGCUCAGGAUUAGGAUGAAGAAUCCCUGAUUUCGAGUUCGAAUUAGAUAUAAUAUCAGGCAUCAUUUUGAUUGAUUUAUUAGUUGUGCAAAACAGAGGCUCAGAAAGUCCCUCAAAUCUCUUCUUAUUAGUAUGUAAGAUCAGAUUAUAAACUACUCUCUCUAUAUGGUUA